CAAACGCAGAUCUUCUCGCCAACCGGACACGUCGGAGUCGGUGGCGGUGGGGCCAUCUCGGAAGAGGAUGCCGGCAUUUCUUCGUCCUCCCCGGCCAGCAGUGCAGGCGUCCUGGCCACCCCGAAAUCCUUCCCUACCGAGGCAAAAGGUUGUGGGGCGGUUGAACCGGCACUGAACAAUUGGCCAAAUGCUCAUUAUUCUGCUGGUCUGCCUAAAUCCGGACGAAACUGCGCUUUCCGUGCGGCGACUGCUCGACUCCUUCCAAGUCUGCUGCCUGAUCGUCAAAUUCGCGAAAUUGCUGCCAAAGUAAGAAGGAAAAGGGGCAAUCGCAUGAUGUUAAUUGUAAUAAUUGGCUCAAUCUGCUCUUUAGGUCUUGCUCCUCUUUCGAGUUGUCUCCUUGGCUCGUACAGGGGUCUAGUUCAAACAUCCCUUUCUUCUGGCUCUCCACCACUACCAUCACUUCCACUCUGCUUAGGGGCGGCUAAUCAACCUCUUCUCAGCUCGCCUCGUCCUCGUCCUGCCAUUUUUGGACCGCCCGGACAAAUACGCAGCUCAGGCGAUCAUCCUCCACCUCGCGUUAACGCUUCGAGUACGGACUUUGCUUCAAACCACAGCAGUCUGAGUGAGUUAAUAGUUAUGAGCGCAAUAUGUUUUCUUGAGAGAAAUGCGAAUCGGCCAAAUUUUGUUUACUCGACAAGAUCAGUUGACCUGUCAGGAAUCUGCUUUUCUUUAUAUACCUCAAUUCAAGUUCACUUCACUUAG